GCUGUUUGAGACGCAUCCGGACGUUCAAGAGGUGUUCAUGCCGUUCAAAGGCGUCGACCUUGAAGAGAUAAAGCAUUCGAAGCAACUACGAGCCCAUGCUUUGAGGUACGUGGGUCCUCAGUUCAUAACCUCCAUACGACCGUCGAUGGAAGAGGAGAACCAGUGGAGUUCCGAGCUGGAGGAGGCGUGGGUCCUGCUCUUCCAACACAUCGCCUACCUCAUGAAAAGCUCCAUGAGGAAAGAGAUGCAACAGUGAUUGUAAGCCUGCAUCACCAACACAGACAUAGAGGGAUACUAUCACGCACUUUCUUGUUGUGAAGCUUAGACACGUGGCUCUGUAACCGGUAUCACAUCCAGGAAACGUAAGAACAGAUAACCAAUCACUUCACAGAGCUAGGAUUCAAUUCGCUGCGCUUUGGUGUUAUAGGUUCAUCAGGAUUACAUGCAACCACAUUGCUACAGAGGUGCAUGUAAUUCUAAUCGAGAUAAAACAUCAAAACGCUAUUGCUCUGUGAAGUUUGUCUGACCAUUCAUACCUUUCCUAUAUUUGUGGCAAUGAACUCAACGUCACAUCACUGCAAAAACAAGCUUGAAAUAAUCAUUACACAUUGUAUACGUAAAUCAAGCGUUCUUAAUUAGCAUUAUGUGAUCGUGUGAUCAUCUUAACCGUCACCUACUGAUAACAGGGUAUAGAUAAAAAAAAGUAGAGGAAAUGCAUAGCUCAUUUAACAUGUAAAGAUUAUAUAUUUCUAGGCCUAUAGUGCUCAGUGACAAACUGGAUCGCUCUGAAUAAAACGAAAAAAUACAGGAUAUGAAACGGUGAAAAAUAUGAUAACAGUUAAGAUGAUAAUCAGUUGAUGGUAUAUACCAAUAAAUAAACAUCAUUUAUUUAAAAGACUCGUGAUCUGUAUUCUUAAAAUUUACAUAUCCGAAAGAACCACGACGCAAUGAUGUAAAAAAAAA